AUGUCUAAUAAACAACCUCAGGCGACUCCGUCGUCUGGAAAGAAACUAAGCGUGCGCGGUGGAGUUUUUGUUAUAAAGGGUGUUACACUCUUCCUAGCAGCUGCAAAAACUCCCAAAACUUCCAAUCAGCCCAGUGGAAGUUCCGGUGCGAAGAGCAGAGGGCGCAAGAAGAUGAGCGAGAAGGACGUGUGUAAAUGUUCGCCGAAAAUUAUGGAGGCGGCAAAAAAGGACACGUUAUUACACAAAAACUGUUUAAUAAAACAUCCACAAGAAGAAGACCCUGAUGAGAGCGUUAAAGAUUUGGUAGAUAUAGUCAUGAGAAAAAUAGAUAAAGAUAAAGACGGAAAAGUUUCUCUUGAAGACUUUCAAAACACAGUUGAAGAAGAACCGUUGCUUUUGGAGGCAUUUGGAAAGUGCUUACCGUCCGAGGAAUCAAAAAUGACAUUUCUAACAACCCUCAAAGCUUAG